AAAAACAUCCAAACCACAAAAUGGAGUUACCCAAAGUGUUAGCACUUUGCUGUAUUGGGAUUAUUUGUCUCCAAAUAACAGUUGAUGGGAGUAAAAUACUGUUAUUCCCUAAUGAUGUAGGCUAUAACAGCAGAGUAAUGAACAUGCUUAAACUAGGAAGAAUGCUCACUAAUGCAAAACAUCAGGUAACAUGUGUCAUUUCUGACAAAAUGAGAGAAGAGGCAAUGUUUAAAUUAGCUGAGGGGGAAAACGCUGACUUAAGCUUCAACGUGGUCAGCUAUAAAACUCCACCAGUGGAAAUGAGGACUGAUAAUAAAGACUUUACUGAUCCACUGAUCAAUCUAGACAUGUCCCAGCUUUAUAAAUUCAUUGGUGCCAUGUUCUUUAAUGCAUUAGAGAACACACUAAAUGACAAAACCAUUGCUAACUUAGCUAGAGAAGAGUUUGACCUGAUCAUAGCUGAUGAGUUUGUGUUUUUUCCAAGAAUCAUAUCUGCAUAUAGAAGCAUUCCAAUCAUUUUGUACAGCAAUUCUGGCCCUCUUACUUUUGACCCAGACAUUAUUCCGAGGUACAGCUUAGCAUUCGUUAAUGGAUGUUUUAAUAGAUUCAGUGAUGCCAUGUCAUUUCUACAAAGACUUGAGAAUGUUUGGGAAUACUUUAGAAUGAAAUGGACAUGGUCAGGUGUCUACACUGCAGCUGAAGUGCUUUGUAGGAGCCAUGGCUAUGGGAAGUCUUGUGACAAUAUAAGGGAAAUUCACAAGACUGUUAACCUUGUGCUCAUGAACAGAAAUGAUGUUAUACACUAUCCUGCACCAUAUAUGCCACAUAUUGUGUCUACAGAAGGGUUUUUCUUGGAAAAGCCUAAACCUUUAGAUGCCUAUUACAAAGAUAUUUUAAAGGGGUCAGAAACACAUGGCAUUAUUGUGGUAAGCUUUGGAUCGCUUUUUAGGAGAUUAGGACGGAAAUAUCGCACCAUAUUUGCUAAGGCAUUUUCCAGAAUGCCCCAAACAGUGAUCUGGAGUUACGAAGGUGAAACGCCUGAAGGCCUAGGUGAGAAUACGGUUGUUAACAAAUGGAUUCCACAAACUGAUCUGCUGGCAAGCUCUGCAGUUAAACUAUUUGUAACACAAUGUGGAUCAUCCUCAUUAUUUGAGGCAUUGAGAAAUGGUCUCCCCGUUGUUGGUGUUCCUUUUCUUGGCGACCAGGAGCAUAACUGUCUGAAACUUGUAGAGAGAGUCAAGUCAGCCAAGAUUGUCACGUUAAACACAAUUACAAGUGAACAGCUACAAAAUGCAAUGGAAGAGGUCAUUAACAAUAAAACGUACAGAACAAAUGCAAGGAAAGCUGCCACAAUGUACCAUGAUCACCUCAUUGAUCCAAGAAAUAAAAAAUUGUAUUGGAUUGAGUAUGUUAUUCGCCAUAAAGGAGCACAGCACUUGAGAUCAGCUGGAGAAAAUCAACUUAACUUUUUCCAGUAUUAUCUCCUUGAUAUAGCUGGAUCAGUUGUAGUUGUUUUCAUUAUUGCUUUGACCAGUGUUACUGUGAUUGUGAAAGCGUUACUAAAGUGCUUGGUAAAAGCUACAAAACUUAAAAAAGCAUAGUUUUGCAAGUUGUACCAAGCCUUUUCAACCUCAUAUACUAUUAUAUGUAAGGUGUGAAUAAGAGAGUUGUGGGCUGUUAGUACAUUAGAACUUACAAGAACUGAUGAUAUAUUCGUUUGAUACUAAAAUCAAAGUUAGAAUUGCAUAUGAGAUGUAACAUGAUUUCUGAGUAUUCCCUAACAUUUCUGGAAACUUUCAGAGUUGAUUCAAGUCUAGUAUAAUCUUAUUCAUUCAUUUUCACCAUUGAAUCAUGUUGAUCAAAAUAUAGACCUUAGAAGAAGGUGUAUAUUGGUGAAUAUUCACCUCUGACCCUCUGCCCAUUUAAAGUAAAGUACAAAGCUUGAUCAGUUUAUGUGGCAAUCAAGGUUUAAUCAAUAAGGUACACCCUGUUGUUUAAAGGUACUAAAUAAUUGACAACAUCAAUAACCUUAACUGAUUAAUGUGUUCAUGUUUUUCUUUCAUUAAGUAUAAAUUAUAUUAUGAUUUUGUAAAACCCAGAUUGCAAUUUUGACAAAAUAUUUAUAUAUCUUUCUUUUAUUAGAAACUUAGUUAUGUAAAUUAAAAUAGUGCAACCGAAUAUCAAAUGUCACAGGCCUGGCAAUAUUCCAAUUUUUAAAUCAUUUUUAAAUCAGGGAAAUAAGAUACCAAUAUUUAUUCAUAUAUGUUGAGUGAAACUUGUUUUAUGAAUGACCAAAGGUCAUUAGAUUGACUUAGAAGUUAGAGUUGAGACACUGAAGUAGUAACAGUGAAAUGUGAAAUGGGCCUACAACCUUGUGUAUUUUUGAGGAGCCACUCAGUAAAAUUACGAUUUCUCUGUACCAUGAUGUCCAAUCAAGAUUAUUUGAGUACGUGUGUGUUCCUGAGGCGUUUGGGUAUCCAGGAAUGACAAGAUCUACCCAUUGUAUGACAGAAAUCGGGAAGACAAAAUUUGAGAGGCACAAACAAAAUUGCUUGUGAAAACUAUUCACAAAAGUGUUCCAGAGACUCAAAUUUACUUGGUUGAGGUUUUAUUGGAAGAUAGCUUGCCUUAGGAGACAAUUCCAACCCAGAAGAAAGCCAGAAAACUGCAGGUUUAAUGAUGCAAUGUUUUACAUUCAUGAAUACAAGUUAAGUACUGUAUAUCUGAUCCCCGCAUAUAAAACACUGGCGUAUUUGACAUGUACUAAUAUGUUCAAACUAUAAUGUAGAACCUUUUCAAUAUGGCAAUUUAAUGGUACUGUAGAUGCUUUUACAGUAGGUUUGUUUGUAUUUUAUAUUCACAGUAUUUGGUGAUGUGAUUGUAAUCACGUCUUGUGCCUCAAUGUUGUGAAAUUAACUCCCUUUCUCCUUGUUAACUGUUUUUUAACUUAAGAAAAGACAAAAUUUAUGCACCGUUAAUACUGACUUUCAUUGUAAAAAGUAAAAAAACGUGCCAAUUUAUGAUGUCAUCAUGAUUUCAAUUGUGUAAGACAACAUUCAGUUUUAAACUUUUUUAUCUUUCAUUUUAUUAAGAGGAUACAACUCAUUUGGUUGUAUAAUUUGAAAUUAAGGUAGUUAUACAUUUGGCAUCUUGGAAUUAAUAAUUAUAUUAAAAGGUGCAUUAACAGGGCCUACAACCUUGUUUAUUUUUUGAGGAGCCACUCAGUAAAAUUAUGAUAUCUCUGUACCAUGAUGUCCAAUCAAGAUCAUUUGAGUACCUGUGUGUUCCUGAGACAUUUGAGUAUCCGGGAAUGACAAUGUCUAACCAAAUUAUGACAGAAAUCGGGAAGACAAAAUCUGAGAUGCACAAACAAAAUUGCUUGUGAAAACUAUUUACAAAAGUGUUUCAGAGACUCUAAUCUACUUGGUUGAGGUUUUAUUUAAAGAUACAUUGCUUAUAAAGCAGGUAAAGGUGUAUACAGAACACAGAAGCAAUUGCCAUAUUGAAAAGAUUCUACAUUGUGGAUUAGAUUCCCACCAGGGUGGAGUGACUUUUUCACAUCAGCCCUUAGCAUAGGAUUUGAUCCUAUGUUUUCAGAUUAACUUGUAUUCAUGAACGUAAAACAUUGCAUCAUGAAAUCUGCAGUUUUCUGGGUUUUCUUUGGGUUGGAAUUGUCUCAUAGGGGCUUUCUGACUACAAAACAAACCCUUGACCAAAUAGUUUGUGUCUCUAGAACAUUUUUGUCAAUAGUUAUUAUAAGCAAUUCCUGAUUUCAGUCAUAAACUACAUCGAUAUAGCGUGUAAACUUUCGGUAGAUGUCAUUUCUGAAUGCCAAAACACACAGGUACUCAAAUAAUCUUGAUGUGACAUCAUGGUGCAGAGAAAUCGUAAUUCUACUGAAUGGCUCCACAAAAAUGAACAAGGUUAGACCACCUUAAUUUAACUAAAUUAUGUCACCACCAAAAUUUCCAAAAUUCACAAGGUGGUGACAUUUUGUCACAUAAAUUCCUUGUACAGUGAUAUUAAAAUUAUAUUUUCAUCAACUUUGUAUCAAGUAAAAAGAAUGUACCAGG